AUGGAGUUGGGGAUUGGCAGCUCGUUUAAGAGGCUUGGGAGUUUUAAUGUGGAUGGUUUUCCAGUAUCAUCAGUGCAUGAAGAGGACCAGGAAUCGCUGAAAUGGGCCGCCAUUGAAAAGCUUCCGACGUUCAGGCGUUUGAGGAAAGGGUUGAUGACGACUUUGGAUGGUAAAGCCAAUGAAGUUGAUAUCUUAAAUCUUGGGUUUCAAGACAGGAAGAAUUUGAUUGAGGCGUUGAUUAAAGUUGCUGAAGAGGAUAACGAGAAGUUCUUGUUGAAGCUGCAGAAUCGUCUUGAUAGGGUAGGAAUCGAACUUCCGACAAUCGAGGUUCGGUUCGAGCAUUUGAAUGUCGAAGCGGAUGCUUAUAUGGGAAGUAGAGCAUUGCCAACAGUUCUAAAUUUCACACUCAAUAUGGUGGAGGGGUUCUUGGGUUACCUUCAUAUGUUUUCCAGUCGAAAGAAGCAGUUAAAAAUCCUUCAUAAUAUCAGUGGAAUCGUGAAGCCUGGAAGAAUGACACUGCUGUUGGGUCCUCCUAGCUCUGGAAAGACCACUCUUUUAUUAGCACUGGCAGGAAAGCUUGAUCCUCAAAUAAGAGCAAGUGGAAGGGUGAGUUACAAUGGGCAUGGACUCAAUGAAUUUGUGCCCCAGAGGACUGCAGCCUACAUCAGUCAAUAUGAUCUUCAUAUUGGAGAAAUGACUGUUAGGGAAACUUUAGCAUUUGCUGCACGAUGCCAGGGCGUCGGCUCACGCUACGACAUGCUAGCAGAACUGUCAAGGAGAGAGUUGGCAGAAAAUAUAAAGCCUGAGCCUAAUAUUGAUACAUUCAUGAAGGCAACUGCAACAGAAGGUCAAGAGGCAAGUAUGGUGACAGAUUACAUCCUCAAGAUUUUGGGAUUGGAAGGAUGUGCUGAUGUAAUGGUUGGUGAUGAAAUGAUAAGAGGCAUAUCUGGUGGACAAAGGAAGAGAGUCACUACAGGCGAGAUGUUAGUUGGUCCAGCGAGGGCUUUGUUCAUGGACGAAAUAUCAACGGGGUUGGAUAGCUCCACAACGUUUCAAAUAGUGAAUUCAUUGAAGCAAAGUGUUCACAUUCUUAAAGCAACGGCAGUUAUUUCACUUCUCCAAUCAGCACCAGAGACUUAUGAGCUUUUUGAUGACAUUAUUCUUCUAUCCGAUGGUCGAAUUGUUUAUCAAGGUCCUCGUGAUGAGGUGCUUCAGUUCUUUGAAUCUAUGGGGUUUGUUUGUCCUGAGAGGAAGGGAGUGGCUGACUUUCUUCAAGAGGUGACAUCAAAGAAAGAUCAAGAACAGUACUGGAAAAACAAAGAGGAGGCUUACAGAUUCAUUACACCCAGUGAAUUUUCUGAUGCAUUUAAAUCAUUCCAUAUUGGCAUAAAGCUUGGAGAUGAACUUGGCAUCCCUUUUGAUAAGUCUAAGAGCCACAGAGCAGCUUUGACAACCCAGAAAUAUGGUGUUGGAAAGAGAGAACUCUUAAAAGCUUGCUUCUCAAGAGAGAUCCUUCUCAUGAAACGAAACUCCUUCGUCUACAUUUUCAAGCUCUUUCAGCUGUUUGUAAUGGCUUUAAUUACAAUGAGUGUGUUCCUAAGAACUGAGAUGCAUCGUGAUACCAUUGUGGAUGGAGGAAUAUACACUGGUGCAUUGUUCUUCACAGUUAUUAUGAUUAUGUUUAAUGGGUUAUCAGAGCUCUCAUUAACCACAAUUAAGCUUCCUAAUUUCUACAAGCAAAGGGACCUCUUAUUCUAUCCUUCAUGGGCGUAUUCUCUUCCCAAUUGGAUCCUCAAGAUUCCUAUUACCUUUAUUGAAGUUGCUUUGUGGGUUGUCAUCACAUACUAUGGCAUUGGCUUUGAUCCAAAUAUUGAGAGGUUUUUCAAACAAUUCUUGGUGCUUCUACUAGUUAAUCAGAUGGCUGCUGCACUGUUCCGCUUCAUUGCUGCAUUGUGUCGUAACAUGGUCGUUGCGAACACGAUCGGUUCUUUUGCUCUUCUGACCCUCUAUGCACUUGGCGGUUUUGUCCUGUCUCGAGAGGACAUUAAGAAAUGGUGGAUAUGGGGGUAUUGGACAUCACCAAUAAUGUAUGCUCAAAACGCCGUAGUUGUAAACGAGUUCCUUGGAAAGAGUUGGGCACAUGACGCAUUAGGAGUUGUGGUUUUGAAGACCCGUGGAUUCUUCCCAAAUGCAUAUUGGUAUUGGAUUGGUGCAGGAGCUUUGCUUGGUUAUGUGUUUCUGUUCAACUUACUUUUCACUUUGGCGUUGUCGUUCCUCAACCCAUUUGGGAAGGGUCGAGCUUUUCAAUCAGGCGAACCAGAAAGUAUUGACAGUGGUGACAAAAGAGGAACAGAAAUGAAAUUUGAAGCCAAUGCCAGAAAUAGAACAGGAAUGAUUCUUCCAUUUGAGCAACAUUCAAUUUCAUUUGAAGAUAUCACUUACUCUGUUGACAUGCCGCAGGAAAUGAAAAACCAAGGUAUUUUUGAAGAUAAGUUGGUGCUACUGAAGGGAAUAAGUGGAGUUUUCAGGCCCGGUGUUCUAACAGCUCUUAUGGGAGUGAGUGGCGCUGGUAAGACAACACUAAUGGAUGUCUUGGCUGGUAGAAAAACUGGGGGUUACAUUGAAGGGAACAUCAAGAUAUCUGGUUAUCCAAAGAAGCAACAAACAUUUGCUAGAAUCUCUGGUUAUUGUGAACAAAAUGACAUCCAUUCUCCUCAUCUUACUGUCUACGAAUCCUUGCUCUACUCCGCAUGGCUCCGUCUGCCCCGACAAGUCGAUCCCCAAACUAGAAAGAUGUUCAUUAAUGAAGUGAUGGAACUUGUGGAGUUAAAGACGUUGAGGGAUGCUCUAGUUGGGUUGCCAGGUGAAAACGGUCUCUCGACCGAGCAGCGCAAGCGACUCACCAUAGCAGUGGAGCUUGUAGCAAAUCCAUCCAUAAUAUUCAUGGACGAGCCAACCUCAGGACUUGAUGCUAGAGCUGCAGCCAUUGUCAUGCGAACCAUUCGAAACACAGUGGAUACUGGAAGAACUGUUGUAUGCACAAUUCACCAACCGAGUAUCGACAUCUUCGAAGCUUUCGAUGAGCUCUUCUUGAUGAAGCCAGGAGGCCAAGAAAUAUACGUUGGUCCAUUGGGUCGCCAUUCUUUCCAUCUAAUAAAGUACUUUGAGGAAAUCAAAGGAGUUGCUAGAAUAAAAGAUGGGUACAACCCUGCCACAUGGAUGUUAGAAGUCACUUCCCCAGCACAAGAACUAGCUUUAGGGGUUGACUUCACUGAUUUGUACAGAAACUCAGAACUUUAUAGGAGAAACAAGACGCUUGUUGAAGAAUUGAGUACCCCAACUCCGGGAUCAACAAACCUAUACUUCCCAACUCAAUACUCACGAUCACUUUACACACAAUGUGUAGCUUGUUUAUGGAAGCAACAUUGGUGUAAUUGGCGCAACCCGUCUUACUCCGCCGUGAGAUUGCUGUUCACCAUCGUCAUUGCGCUGAUGUUCGGUACAAUGUUUUGGGACCUUGGCUCAAAAAGGACAAGGCGACAAGAUCUAUUCAAUGCCAUGGGAUCAAUGUACACUGCAACACUAUUCUUGGGAGUCCAGAAUGCCUUCUCUGUACAGCCCGUGCUCGCCGUAGAACGAACCGUGUUUUAUCGUGAAAGAGCUGCUGGAAUGUACUCAGCCUUCUCAUACGCAUUUGCAGCGGUGCUGAUUGAGCUCCCAUAUGUUUUACUCCAAGCUCUGGUUUACACUCUCAUAGUGUACACUAUGAUUGGAUUUGAAUGCAGUGUUGCUAAGUUCCUUUGGUAUCUGUUCAUCAUGUACUUCACUUUGCUCUACUUCACUUUCUAUGGGAUGAUGGCUGUGGCAAUGACACCAAAUCAUCACAUUGCUUCCAUUCUCUCCUUUGCAUUCUUUGGACUGUGGAGUCUGUUUUCGGGAUUCGUCGUCCCAAAACCGAGGAUACCGGUGUGGUGGGCAUGGUACUACUGGGUUUGCCCAGUGGGUUGGACGUUGUAUGGAUUAGUAGCCUCCCAAUAUGGAGAUGUGCAGGAUGUUCUUGAAACUGGUCAAACUGUGCAGGAAUUUGUGAGACAGUACUUUGGUUUCAGACAUGAUUUCUUGCGACUUUCUAAUUCUAUGGUCGCUGGAUUUGCUGUUCUUUUUGCUGUUGUAUUUGCCAUCUCUAUCACUAUUUUUAAUUUCCAAAGAAGAUGAUAUCAUUUAUUUGAGUUGUAUAGUGUUUUAUAAGUAAAAGAAUGUGAAGAUCAUAAUU